UUUAGCAAUGAGGAAAUGCUGCAGACUCUUCCCCUCAGGACAAUGCAGUGUCCCCAGCCUCCAGCAGGCACCCACUUGCUGGGCCAAACCCAGACAUUUCAUUUAAAAGCAGAAGUGAAAGGGAGAUGAGGUUCCUGAAAGGGUUAUUUUGGCUUAGACUGGCUGUAAAAAUGCAAUUGGCUGUGAUUUGGUGUGGACAAAGUGCACCCAGAAUGUCUUUUCUCUCCAUCCAGUGCCUGUGUUCCUUUGGCUAAAAAGAAGCCAGCAGUGCUCUGCUCUUCCAGGGCACAGAUGGAGCAGCAGGAUCAGAGCAAGAAAGAAGGGAGGCUGACGCUUGUGCUUGCCCUGGCAACCCUCAUAGCUGCCUUCGGGUCAUCCUUCCAGUAUGGGUACAAUGUGGCUGUUGUCAACUCUCCAAGAGAGUUCAUGCAGCAAUUUUACAGUGAAAUCUACUAUAUCAGAACCGGUGAGGUCAUGGAUGACUUCUCCUUGACGUUGCUGUGGUCUCUAACUGUGUCCAUGUUUCCCUUUGGGGGCUUCAUUGGCUCCCUCCUAGUCGGUCCCUUGGUAAAUAAAUUUGGCAGAAAAGGGGCCUUGCUGUUCAACAAUAUAUUCUCCAUUGUGCCUGCGAUCAUGAUGGGAUUCAGCAAAGUCGCCAGGUCCUUUGAGCUUAUAAUCGUUUCCAGACUUUUGGUGGGAAUAUGUGCAGGCCUGUCUUCCAACGUGGUCCCCAUGUACUUGGGGGAGCUGGCCCCUAAGAACCUGAGGGGGGCCCUCGGGUUGGUACCCCAGCUCUUCAUCACCGUGGGCAUCCUCGUGGCCCAGCUCUUUGGUUUUCGGAACGUUCUCGCCAAUGACAACGGCUGGCCAGUGCUCCUGGGGCUGACCGGAGUCCCCGCAGCCCUGCAGCUGUUCCUGCUGCCCUUCUUCCCCGAGAGCCCCCGGUACCUGCUGGUGCAAAGGAGAGACGAGGCUGGGGCCAAGAAAGCUCUGAGGACGCUGCGCGGCCAGGACACAGUGGACGUGGAGCUGGAGGAGAUCCGGAGGGAGGACGAGGCGGAGCGGGCCGCGGGCUUCAUCUCGGUGCUGAAGCUGCUCAGGAUGAGGUCUCUGCGCUGGCAGCUCAUCUCCAUCGUCGUCCUCAUGGGAGGCCAGCAGCUGUCGGGAGUGAACGCGAUCUACUACUACGCAGACUCCAUCUACCAAAGUGCCGGCGUGAAAAAGGACUACAUCCAGUACGUGACGGCCGGUACUGGGGCCGUCAACGUGGUGAUGACCAUCUGCGCCGUGUUCGUGGUGGAGCUCUUGGGAAGGAGACUUCUGCUGCUGGGGGGCUUUGCCCUUUGCUUCAUGGCCUGCUGCGUGCUCACAGCAGCGCUGUCACUGCAGGACACAAUAUCUUGGAUGCCCUACAUCAGCAUCAUCUGUGUCAUUGCCUACGUCAUAGGACACGCCCUCGGGCCCAGUCCCAUCCCGGCUCUGCUUGUCACCGAGAUCUUCCUGCAGUCUUCGCGGCCAGCCGCCUUCAUGGUGGGGGGCAGCGUGCACUGGCUGUCCAACUUCACCAUGGGCUUGAUCUUCCCAUUCAUUCAGAAGGGCCUGGGCGCCUACAGCUUCAUUGUGUUUGCGGUGAUCUGUCUCCUCACCACCAUCUACGUCUUCAUGGUUAUCCCUGAGACCAAGGCCAAGACGUUCAUGGAGAUCAAUCAGAUCUUCACCAAGAUGAAUAAGGUGGCAGAAGCCCGCCCCGCAAAAGAGGAACUGAGAGAUCGCCCACCCGUCAAUUUGGAUUAAUAACUCAGGAUACUCGGCGGGUCAUCAUGGGUCUGCCCCCUCUGACCAUUUUCUGACUUCUUGUUGUCUGUGAAUACCCGGGAAUAAGACAACUCUGGUGUGAAAUGAAGGCCUAAUCUCCGGCCUCCCUGUUGCCCAACAGAUUUCUGUGCUGUUCUCGAAGCCGGGAAGUUUCUCCAUGUUGGUCCACACCAGAGCCAAGUGAACAGCUAUUCCCCCAUCUUUCUGGGCUAGCCAUUGUGUGGCUCCUGGUAACACAGACUUUAUAACUAAAAUGGUUACUAUGGUGGCGAGAUGUCAGGAGUCAAAUUUUGCCAGAGAAAUGAACUUUUCUCUGUGGCCCACAGGGUCCUCUGGACCACAGGCAUUUGUACAGAACCAAAUUCAUCCUCUUAUCAGAUCCCUCCCCAGAAACACCUGUCUUAGGAGGUGUGAUGUCGGAAAUAAUAAUAUCUGGAUAGCUGGGGAACUGGUCUCCAUGGCAACAUUCAGUGAGUCAGAAUGAUUUAUCCUAAAUUGUAUUGCUGGUGGGAAAUGAAAUUGCUUCUGUACAGUCAAUAAAACAAAUCCAAUCACUUUU